GGCGGGCCGGCGGCGCGAGGCGGAGCUCGGACUGCCGGGGAAGCUCGGACGGCGGCGCGAGCGCUGGGCCCCGGGCUGCGGGAGUCGGACACCGCGGCGGCGGCGGCUGCUGCAGCAGGAGGAGCCCAGGGGACACCGCCCCUGCCCGCGCUCUGCCUCAGCCCAUCGCUGCUCCCCCGGGGCCCGUGCGGACUCUGCUCGCUGAAGUGUCACGAUGUCUGACCGGAAGGCAGUGAUCAAGAACGCAGACAUGUCUGAGGACAUGCAACAGGAUGCUGUUGACUGCGCCACGCAGGCUAUGGAGAAAUACAAUAUAGAGAAGGACAUUGCUGCCUAUAUCAAGAAGGAAUUUGACAAGAAAUAUAAUCCUACCUGGCAUUGUAUCGUGGGCCGAAAUUUUGGCAGCUACGUCACACACGAGACAAAGCACUUCAUCUAUUUUUACUUGGGUCAAGUUGCAAUCCUCCUCUUCAAGUCAGGCUAGGUGGCUGUGGUGAAGGUGUCAGUGGCGGCGGCAGCGAUGGCGAGCAGGUGGCGUUGCCAGGACUGUUUUGCAUUGGGGCCAGCACCAGGCUGUCCUCUCCAAUGGCUGUGCUACUGCAUGGACUGUAUACUCGAUUUCAUGUGUGCGUCGCAGUAAACAAAACCAAACUUCUUUCUGUUUAGUUGCCUGGGGAAGAAGGCUGCUUUACGUUUAUUUUUCAAGACUUAAAAAAAUUUUUCUUUGGUUGUAUUGCACUAGGAAAUUUCUCUCACCCUUCCUUUUUCUCUUUCUCUUCUCUCCCCAUACAAAAUAGCCCUCAACAAAGCUCAAAAGACUAGGAGGGCUGAGGAAAAGAAAUAGGUCUCUGGAGGUGGAACUAAAACUGUGCAGCUGCCACUUCCCGGUGUUGGAUGCUGCUUUGGGAGGGCCAGGGAGGCUUUGAGGGUGAGGGGACAGUGUUAGGAUAAGCAAGGAGAGAAGGACAGAAAGGAGAGUGGGGGGAUCGAUCUAGUACCAGGGAGAAUAUUCCACUGAACUGUGAUUUUAUGGCUCGGGCCGAGGGUGGGUAGGGGUGGGUUCUUAAGGGGCCCUGCGAUGUGUCUGGUGUGUGGGAGUAGGGAGCAGACUUGUCUUGCUGUGUUUGUCAGGAUUUCUAAGUAAGGGCUGUGUCUUUGUGGAUUACCUUUUAUUCUUUCUGCAAGAGAUUGUGCUAGGAGGAUAUUGGGGAUAGAAUUAGCUUGACACUUCUUUUUCUUUACAUCCUUCUCUCCUGUCUGCUCCCUGCUUAGCCCUCGGUUUUCUCAUUCCUCUGAAGUUCUCUUAGAACAGCCCCUGUUGUUAGUUGGCUGGGAAGGGAAUUUCUGGUGACUGUAGUUCCUUAGUUAGGUCUUAGCAAUCAAACCAAAUCAAUGUCUCCCUUGAUUCUUUGUGUUGUAUGUGUGUGUGCGUGUGUGUGUGUGGGUUUGGGGGGGGCAAGCAGGCGGAAUCUCUAGGGUGUGUGGUAGUAGGAAGCACAGUUCUAAGUGGGCCUUUAUGUUAAACACCUCUGGUAGUGUCUGUUGUGGGGGGAAGACAAGUGUCACUUCCUCAGUCAUUUAGCUCAGACACUAUUUGCCCUCUGGCUGUUUGCUCCCUGAGAAGGCUUUAGGAGGACAAACCAUGCUGCUGUCUGUCCUGAAGCUGGGCCCCAGUAGAGGGGAAGUGAUUUUGAAUGGUUGCAGCCUCCUGUGGGAGGUAGGGAUGGAAAUAAUAAAGGGCCAAGAGGGGCUUCGGUAGAACUUUGGAGGUCAGUUUGUAGUGAAGUCCCAGAUAUCAGGAGAUGGAGUAAGGCUGUGAGCAAGAGGAGAUUCCAUGGAGGAGGCAGGGGAAGUCUUGUCUGUUGACAGGGGGAAUGGGGUGGGGGGUGGUCGUUGCUGACUGAGCUGCUGAUUCUCGUGACACAUUUAAAACUCUCAUGUGUAGGGUUGACACUGUGGGGGUAGGGGAUCCAGCUCUUUUUUUUUUUUUUUCCCCAGUCCAUUCUUGGGGCUGGUGGGGAGAAAGGAGUGUUCCCACCCCAAGCCCUUAGUGUGUGCUGAGCCUUCUUUUCAGUGCUGAUAGGGGAGGGUAGAAACUGGGGUGAUGACUGAGCUCCCUGUAUCAAACCCUUCAGCGGGUACAAGACUGUUUGAUUUUAGGUUUUAUUUUUUAAUAAAUGUCCAAAUCUAUGUUUGCCCCUGCCCUCCCAGACUUUGUGUGGCCAGUUGAAAGUAUCUGGUUUGUGUUUGUCUCCCUCAUUUCUGGAGCAGGGGCUGAGACCCUGCCACACCCCCUAUGCUCUGCAUCCAUGCCUCUUUUGGACAUUAAAGGUUGAUUGAUGCACCUCA